AUGACGAAAGACGCAUCGGCUGCCGCUGUUGUGGUUUUGUGGCUUCUCUGCAGUCCAGUGAGGGGUAGAGGGACCGUGGGAUUUCAAGGCGCCAUUCCUUAUCCCAACAAAUACAAUCCCAACCAGUCGGAACUGUCACCGCAGACACCACAGGCCAAUUUCAGGGGAAUUGGGCCGCCUGCGGCCGCUGAGGAAGUGCUGGAUUCGAGCCUAGAAGCCUUGCAUGUGACGGAGCGCCGCUACAUGAAAACUGAUUGGUGCAAGACGCAGCCGCUUAAACAGACCAUUCACGAGGAAGGGUGUCGGAGUCGCACAAUAAUCAAUAACUUUUGUUAUGGACAGUGCAAUUCUUUUUACAUUCCACGGCACGUCUAUCAGGAGGCCAGUGCUUUUCAGUCGUGUUCCACCUGCAAGCCAAAAACUUUCACAACCAUCACCUACACUCUGUUCUGCCCAGGGAAAAUACCAAAUACCAAAAAGAAACGUGUCCAGCGCGUGAAGCAGUGUCGCUGCACGUCAGUAGAUUUGGAUUAG